UCUAUUCCCGUGUGUCGCUUGCCUGUAUCCUGAUUGGGUGUACUCUUCCGUCUGUACGCGCUGCCAUUGGCUAGAGGGAAGGGGCGGGUACCACUCACGGCCGUUGCGCUCAUCACUCUGAUUUCAAACUUCUGAGGUAGCGAGUGACUGAAGAGAAAAUACAUUGGCAUUUAUUGUGUUUAUUUCCCUCGGCCUGCCGGUGCUCUCCCGGCCAUGCUGAGAAUAUCUCCCCCGGGGCCAGCGCCCAAAUCGCCCCCGGAUGAACCUCCGUUACUUUCUCUCACUCAUUUCUCCCGUGCGCCUUUCGUGAAUUUCGGGUGCGUUCGCCCUGGGUCGGUACGAAGCGCCAGCCUAUUGCUGCACAACCCCAACCCGGAGCCGGCCAGCCUUGCGGUAUUUAAACUGCCCAAGAACCGCGGCUUCAGCAUUGUGGAGACUGAAUCUGUCAUACCGCCAUUUGAAACCAUCACUCUGACUAUUACCUGGACCCCACUGGAGGAAGGAAAUGUACGGGAAAUUGUUACCUUCAUUGUUAAUGAUGUUGUGAAACACCAAGCUGUGCUUCUGGGGCGUGCGGAGCUGCCGGCCAAGAAAAAGAGAAACACAUGGAAUACCAUAAAAAUGAAAAGUAACCCAAUAGGACCAAAAGUUCCUGUUCGGAGGCAGAAAGAAGUAGACAUGACCAGCAAAACCAGGAAGUCACAAGUAACUAAAAGAGAAAAAUGUGGCCAGCUGGAGAGAGCACGAAGCCCUUUGCAGUCCUGUGAGAACCUUGCCCAUCCUUUAUGCAGUCCCUCACCAAUGAGGGAAAUUAGGCUUUCUACAGAAAACAGAGUACCAGUACUCACCAUCAGUCCUGUUAGUAAUGAACUGCAGCCGUUUACUCCAGGAUCUCUUAAAAGAUCCAAAACUUACUCUGUCUUGUGCACAGUAGAGUAUAGUGAAUCUACAGAAGUUGCAACGAUGUCUAAAUAUUAUACAGACAUUCAGGUUGAAGAAGAAUGGACUCUAAAAGCUCACAAAUUGAAUAAGGAAUCCAUGUCCCCAAUAAAUUCAGUGCACGGACAUACUCAUAAUGUUACACAUACUCCUGACUUUUUGAUGGAAUCUGCUUUGAACUCUUUAUUAUCUCCCACUGCAUUCUGUAAUCAAGGUCCUGUACAAAUAGAUGCGCAUAGCAGUGUUCUUACAGAAGAGCAGAUAACUCAGGAAAAGUUUAACUUGGCAAGCUCUAAAAUACCUUCUCCAGCAUCUCCCAUGGUGACACCAAAAAGGAAAUUCUUAAGCCCAAAUUCAUUUUUGAGCAACAGUUUUGUUCCUGAGGAGUAUUUCAGCGUAGGCGAGCACACGCCAAUCCUUUCGCCAGAACAGUUUGUCAGAGAAAACUGUUUGGCUUCACAGUCAGAAUCUUUAGUAAAUGGACCAAUGCUUUCCAAAUCAUGGCAGACUGCAAGUCACAAUUCCUCAAAGUCAUCAAGCUCCUCUGCAAUUCAGGAUGUUCAGGUUAGUGGUGGGCCUGUGGAACAGGAGAUUUCCAGUCCCAUCAUGGAGGUGCCGAGACUGAACUCUAGGCUGACAUACUGUGUAAAGAAGACAAAGCAAUCAAUUACAUUUCCAGUAGAACAUGACCAAAAUAUUGUGAAAGAGCCUAAAAAGCCUUGCGUGUUUUCUGCAACUGUUACAAAACUAAAGGCUGAGGAUCGAAAAGAAAAACCAAAAGGUCAACUGCUGAAAUCAAGGAGGAAACUUGACAAUACAACACCUGAACAUAAAAGCUCUGUGACUUUUAGUAACAUUGUAUUGCAAGACUUGCCUGUGAUAAGUGUCCCUUGUCCUAGUGACUGUUCCAGUGAUGGAUCAUCUAGGGGUACAUCUAUUUGUAAGUCCACUGUCCUGAAUCGAAAGCGGAAAAGUGAGGAAUUUUUGGGUACAAAUGCUGUUAUGGAGACUGAGCUCAGUACUGUUCCACAAGUCAAGAAGACGCACCUUUCUAAACCUGAUGGUUCGCAUGUGAGCUAUAAGGAGAAAUUGAGUCAGAAAAAACAAGUGGUUACACAGGUACUGAAAUCAGAGAAGACCCUGAAGGCUCGGCAUUCUGCUGUAAAUGGAAAACAUACCAUCUUAAAAGCUCAGUCAGUUUCUGUUGGACCGCCUAAGCAGAAGAUGGCAGUUACCUUCAAAAACUCCAAACGUGUUGUAGCUGUACCACAGUCAAAACUGGUUUUCACACAGACUUCCAAAACUGUUAUACCUCGACACCCAAUGCCAUUUGCUGCUAAAAAUAUGUUUUAUGAUGAACGCUGGAUGGCAAAGCAAGAGAGGGGCUUUACCUGGUGGUUAAACUUCAUACUCACCCCAGACGACUUUGCUGUAAAGAGAGAUUCCAGUAAAGUGCAAGCGGCUACACUGAUCCUAGGGUCAGAGAAUGCCCACAAAGUAAGUGUGCCAAGAGCACCCACGAAGGAGGAAGUAUCCCUCAAAGCCUACACAACCCGCUGCAAACUAAAUAGACUGAGGCGAUCUGCUUGCCGUCUUUUCACUUCGGAGCCUGUUGUGAAAGCCAUUCUGAGGCUGGAAGUAGAGAUAGAAGCUCAGCGUCUGCUUGUUAGGAGGGACAGACAUCUAUGGAAGGAUAUUGGUGAGCGACAGAAAAUACUAAACUGGCUUUUGUCCUAUAAUCCACUGUGGCUGCGUAUUGGCCUGGAGACUAUCUUUGGAGAGCUGAUUUCUCUGGAAAGCAACAGUGAUGUUACAGGCUUGGCUGUGUUCAUCUUAAACCGUUUACUUUGGAAUCCUGAUAUAGCAGCUGAAUACCGACACCCUUCAGUACCCAAUCUCUACCGUGAUGGUCAUGAAGAAGCUUUAUCUAAGUUUACACUGAAGAAGCUGUUGCUUCUUAUAUUCUUCCUUGACCAUGCCAAGCAAUUCAGACUCAUUGAUCAUGACCCCUGUUUGUUUUGGAAAGAUGCUGAAUAUAAGACAAGUAAAGAUCUCUUGCUGGCAUUUUCCCGGGACUUCUUGAGUGGAGAAGGGGAUCUAUCUCGCCACCUUGGCUAUCUUGGUUUACCAGUCAGCCAUGUCCAAACUCCACUUGAUGAAUUUGACUUUGCCGUAACUAAUCUGGCAGUGGAUUUACAGUGUGGAGUGCGUUUGGUGAGAACAGUAGAGCUUCUGGCACAGAGCUGGAGUUUGUCUAAAAAACUUCGGGUUCCUGCAAUAAGCCGCUUACAGAAGAUGCAUAAUGUGGAAGUGGCACUUCAGGCCUUAACGGAUAGGGGUGUUCUUCUUAAAGAUGAGCGUGGUGUCUCCAUAACCUCUAAGGAUAUUGUAGACCGGCACCGGGAACGCACUCUGGCACUUCUAUGGAAAAUUGUAUUUUCUUUCCAGGUGGAUGUCUUGCUAAGUACUAAACAACUAAAAGAGGAAAUCCAGAUUCUAAAAGAGAGCUACAACACACAAAAGCAGUUGGCAGCCCUUCGCUCACUGGCAAAUCCAGCGCCGACACAGACAAGGGAAAGUGACCAAUUUGAGCCUGAGAAAUACAAUGAGAGAGUGUCGCUUCUCAUGGAGUGGGUUAAUGCAGUGUGCAGAUUUUACAGCACAAAAGUACAAAAUUUCACUGUGUCCUUUUCGGAUGGGAGAGUGUUCUGUUACCUAGUUAAUCACUACCACCCUAGUUAUUUGCCUCUAAAUGCUGUAUGUCAGCGUACGACUCAAACCGUGGAAUGCAGCCAGAGCGGUACAGCAAUGCUGAAUUCUUCUGACUCUGAUAACUCACUGGAGGUGUGGCCCGGUGUAUUCGACCAAGGGGUUACUUCAUCUGCUUUAUAUAAAGAAUUGUUAAAAAAUGAGCAAACCAACUUCAGCUUGGUACAUGCAGCAGUGGCAGAUUUGGGUGGGAUUCCUGCAAUGGUUCAUCACUCUGAUAUGUCUAAUACAAUUCCAGAUGAGAAGGUUGUUAUCACUUUCCUCUCAUUUCUCUGUGCCCGGCUUUUGGAUUUGCGAAAGGAAACCAGAGCUGCCCGUGUUAUCCAGACAGUUUGGAGGAACUACAGACUCAAAGUGGAGAAAAAACUACUGGAGCGGAAGCACAAGGCUGCUCGUGUUAUCCAGCGUGCUGUGGUUCAGUUUCUCUCAUGCUGCCGGCUGCAGAAAAGAAGUCACUCUGCUGCUGUUAUACAGAAAUACUUCCGGAGAUAUCUGGCACAGAGACAGUUGAAAGAAUUAAAGGCUCUUAAGCACAAGGAGCUUCAGGAUAAUGCAACUCUAAUCAUUCAGAGAUUUUGGAAAGGGUAUUCGGCCCGGAGAAGAUUCAUUAUUCUAAGGCACUCUGCUAUCUGCAUGCAAGCAAGAGUAAGGGCUAAGAUAGCUCAGUCAUCAUACAAGCAGAUUCAACAGGCUACAGUAACACUCCAAAGUCACAUGCGAGCAUGGUUGUUGGGUAAAAAGAAGCGCCAGGAAUAUCUACAUAUUAAAUCUUCUGUUAUCAUCAUCCAACAUGCAUUUACGAGAUGGAAGAGGCAAAAACAAAAAAGGCAUACAGAAGCAGUUUUAAUAAUACAAAAAUGUUAUAGGAGAUGGAAGGCAUGUAAGUCAAUGGCUCAGAAUAUGGCUGCUAUUAAAAUUCAGUCUGUGUACCGUAUGCACAGGGAAAGGCAGAAAUUCCUUGAUACGAAGUGUAAAAUAAUAAAGAUCCAGUCUUGGUUUAGAUGCAAGAAGGAUCGGGAAGCAUUUUUAAUGCAGAAGGAAAGCAUCCUAACGCUGCAGAAAUACUACAGAGCAUACAAACAAGGAAGGCUGGAUAGGAAGAAGUUUUUGGAAAUGCGCUCUGCAGCCAUCUCUAUUCAGGCACACUACCGAGGUAUGAGAGUUCGACAGCUUUACUACAGGAUAAAAGCUGCUUGCGUUCUGCAGUCUUAUUGGAGAAUGCGUCAGGAAAAGAAGAAAUAUGAUCAUGUGAAGCAACUUGUUGUUCUGUUGCAGUCAAAUGUCAGAAAGUGUCAGCAGCAGAAGCAGUUUAAGCUCAUGAAAAGAGCAGCUUGUGUGAUUCAGACCUACUACAGAUCCCACAGGGCGACCAAGCAAGCUGUCCAUAGGUUUAAGCAAAUGCGCCACGCCGCAGUUGUGAUUCAGUCUGCUUUCAGAAGAAUGCAGGCCAGAAAGGCCAAAUUACAAGUAAGAAGUGCAGUCAAAAUCCAAGCCCUCUCCCGUUCAUAUUUCGCAAGAAAAAGGUUUCUAGAAAUCAAGAGAGCUUCUAUAAAGAUUCAAUCUGCUUUUAGAAUGAGACAGAGGAGGGUACGUUAUUGUGCUCUCAGAAAGGCAACAUUUUUUGUACAGCAGAAAUUCCGUGCAAAGAAACAAAUGCAAAAAGAACGAGAAGCAUAUAUUAAUAUGCAGGUAGCCUGCAUUAAAGUGCAGGCUGCUGUACGAGGACAUUUUGUGAGAAGAGAAAUUCAGUCAUGGCAUAAAGCUGCCACCAUCUUGCAGGCUGAAUACAGAAUGUGGAGACAGAAGAAGCAGUACAAGUUAUUAUACAGAGCUGCCAUUAUCAUACAAGAGCAUUAUCGGGCUCACAAGAUGCAAGUUCACCAGAGAGCAUACUUUUUGGCAAUAAAACAAUCUGCUGUAAGACUGCAGGCUGCCUACAGAGGGUACACCGUGCGCAAAUCUGUUAAGACUCAGAGACUUGCAGCGUUACACAUACAGACUGCUUUCAGAUCAUACAGAAUCAGGAAGAACUAUCUGAGAAUGAGACAGUCUGUUGUGACAAUACAGAGGUGGUACAGGUGUAAGACCUCUGGAAGAAAGGAACAAAAGAAAUACUUGGAAAUCCAAAGAGCGACUGUGACUGUGCAAUCUGCCUAUCGUGGCUGGGUAACUAGAAAACAAGUGAAGGUGUGGAACACCGCAGCAAUUUGUAUACAGUCUGCAUUCAGGAGAUAUGCUGCUCAGAAACAAAUAAGAACAAUGAAGAAGGCAGCCCUUACCAUACAGCAGCGCUACAGGGCUGUGCUUGCUGGCAGGCGAGAGAGAGAAAGAUAUCUCAAAUUGUGUAUGAGUGCCAAAAGAGUGCAGGCUAUGUGGAGGGGUAGGGCUGUGAGAAAAGAUCUAGAGAGGCAGCACAAGUCUGCAGCUCUGAUACAGUCCUUUUACAGAAUGCAUGUCUGCCAGACACAAUAUAAAGCUAUGAGACGGGCUUCCCAGCUGAUCCAGAACUUUUACAGGGCCCAUAAAUUAGGACAAUUGCAACAAUUUUAUUAUUUAAGACUGAAAAAAUGUGCUACUGUCUUGCAAUCUGCCUAUAGAGGGUGGAAGGUCCGGAGACAAAUGCACAGUUUCCAUAAAGCUGCCACCACUAUCCAGUCAGCCUUCCGCUCAUUCAUACUGCAUAAACGCUACCAUACACUCAGAACUGCCACGCUUACCAUACAGAGACAUUACAGUGCAUUUUUAUGUGCCAGGCUACAGAGAACCAAAUAUGUCCGUGUGAGAAAAUCUGUAAUUGUCUUGCAGUCGGCUUUCCGAAGUUUCAUGGUGAGAAAAAGAAUAUUGAGAAUGCAGCAGUCAGCUAUUGUAGUCCAGAGAAAUUACAGAGCUUUAUUAACUGGAAGAAGGGUACGAAAGCAAUACCUGGAAUUGCACAGAGCAACCUGCAUGCUGCAAGCUGCAUGGAGGGGAAGAAAGGUUAGGAGAAACAUUAAAGCUAUGGAUAAGGCAGCAACAGUAAUACAGUCACAAUACCGAAUGAUGAGGCAGCGCUGUUACUACAGAGAGCUUAGAGAAGCAGCCAGAGUGGUGCAGCUACGUUAUCGGGCUUCUAAAGAGCGGGAUAGGAAUGUUCAUCAAUACAUGGCUAUAAGAAAUGCCGCUCUGUGUAUCCAGUCAGCCUUCCGAGGCCUGAAAGUGAGAAGGGAUCUUAAUGCCAAACAUGCAGCAGCUGCCUUGAUACAAAGACAUUAUAAGUGCUUUUUGGAAAGAAGAAGAUUUGUUCUGCUUAGGAAUGCCACUAUAUUAACUCAGCAACGAUUCAGAAUGAAGGUUCAUGCUGAGCAGAUAAGGCAGCAGUAUCUUAGACUUAAGAAAGCUGUAGUUGUUUUACAAACUGCCUUCAGAGGCUGGAAAGAAAGAGAGAGAAUUAAUCACAUGCACUAUUCAGCCACAGUUAUUCAGGCUGCAUUUAGAAUGCACAAAGCCAAGGACUCCUAUCACACCUUAAGGCACGCAGCAAUUGUUAUACAACAAAGGUACAAGGCAAAUAUGGCCAGUAAAUCUGAAAGGAAGACUUAUCUGAAGCAGCGUCAGUCUGCAGUAACUAUCCAAGCCACCUUCCGUGGGAUGAAGGAGAGGAAGAUGCUGAGUAUUAUGCAUAAAGCGGCCUCCACAAUCCAAGCCUCCUUUAGAAUGCACCAGUGUAGGAGCCAGUACAUUAAGGUUCAGUGGGCUGUGCAUGUGAUUCAGCAAAGGUUUAGAGCAAACAAACUUCGGGACUCUGAGAAAUUGCAGUACCAUGUGAUAAAAAGGGCUGUUCUCUGCAUCCAAUCUUGCUAUCAUGGGUUUAAAGUUAGAAAAGAUUUGGAGUUCCAGCACAGAAUGGCUACAAGAAUCCAGUCUGCAUAUAAAAUGCACAGGAGGAGAGUCGUAUAUAAAAAUAUGCAGUCAGCUGUAAGCCUUAUCCAGACUUGGUACAGGUCCAUCGCAACAUGCAGGCAAACACGUGCUGAAUUUCUGCAACUUCGUAAAGCAACCAUAUUGAUCCAAGCUGCAUGCAGAGGAACAUUGGUCCGCAGGAACAUAAAAGCAAUGCACAGUGCUGCAACCUGCAUCCAAUCUUUCUACAGAAUGUACAGUCAGCGCAAAUAUUACAUUAUGUAUUUGCAGGCUGUCUGUACGAUACAGCAGCAAUACAGGGCAAAGAAAGCUAGAGAUCAUUAUUUCAAUUUCUAUCAAAACAGCAGAAAAGCUGCAACUCUAUUACAGGCUGGGUUUCGGGGAAUGAAAACAAGAAUAUGGAUCCAGCAAAUGCAUCAAGCAGCUGCCACUAUUCAACAGGCCUUUAAGUCAUUUAAGGAAAGGAAAAGUUAUUUGGAACUUAAAGCUUCCACCAUUCUAAUCCAAAGGCAGUACCGAGCUUCAGUUUUAGGCAGAGCUGAACGGCAGAAGUUCCUUAAGUGCCGCAGUGCAGCUAUAUGUAUCCAGGCAGCCUACCGAGGCUUGAGGGAAAGAGAGGAACUAAAACUCAGGCACAGAGCAGCAGCACAAAUUCAGUCUCUGUUUAGGAUGCACAGGCAGCACGUUUCCUAUCUAGCAAACAAACAAGCAGCUGUUGUGAUCCAGAGACAUUACAGGAGAUACAGAAGUUGCAAGCUUGAGCAUAAGCAAUAUUUAAAGCUUUGUAAUGCAGCCAUUAUUGUUCAGGCCCUGUACAGAGGGAAGAAAAGCCGUAAGAACUUGAGGGACAUGCACAACGCUGCAACAGUAGUGCAGGCUUAUUAUCGAAUGCACAGGCAGAGACAAUACUACUUUGCCUUACAACACGCUGUGAGAACUACACAGGUGAGAUUUAGAGCAAACCGUGCAAGAGUUGAUGCUGUAAAGAAAUAUGCCACUAUCAGAAUGGCUGUAAAGCGAAUACAGUCAGCAUUCCGUGCUAGAAAAGCUGCAAGAGAUGCAGAAAAGGACUCUGCUGCAAUAGUGAUCCAGGCUCAAUGGAAAAUGCACACAGUUAGGCGGGAAUAUGUUAAAAUGACGGAAGCAGCUGUAGUCAUUCAAGCAGUAUUCAGAGGACACAGGACCAGGAAGAUGCUAAAAGCAAUGGAGGUGUCUGCUUGUCUCAUACAGGCAUGGUACAGAUCUUGCCGCCUCACUCGGCUACAAAGAGCUCAGUAUUUAUCCAUUAGGAGUGCUGCUAUUACUAUUCAGUCUGCUUUCAGGGGCAUGCUUGCUCGCAGGGUGGCAGAAAGGGAGCAAGCUGCAAGUAAAGUACGGUCUUUCCUUGUUAUGACUCCAUAUCGCAAGAGGUUUCUGAGGCUCAGAGCAGCUGCAAUUGUGUUGCAGUCCCAUUACAGAAUGCAAAGGAUAAAGCGUGCAUAUGAGAUGCAACGAGAGACUGCACUGAUCUUGCAUCGUUGCUCUAAAACCCAUGUCCCUAUGAAAUAUCAAAAGGAAAAUGAAUUAGAGAAUGGAACACACACCAACAUUCAGGCAUAUGGAACAAUGUUCAGCAGUGUGAAUUAUGUUGUGAUAAAAAUUCAGGCCCAGUGGCGUGGAUACAUUCAGAGAAGAAAGUUUGUGCAAUAUAAAUCUGCUGCCUUACUUAUCCAACAAAGAUACCGUGCAUACCGCUUACAGAAAUCACAGCACCGCCAGAAACUCCAGGAACAGAAAGCAGCAAUAGUCAUACAAGCAGCAUAUCGAGGCUUCAAGAUUCGCAAGCACUUUGUCAGACUGAAACAGGCCGUAGUGACCCUUCAAAUGCACUUCCGAGCAGUAAAGACAGGGAGAUAUGAGAGAAUUCGCUACACGCAGUCAAGGAAUGCUGUCAUCAAGCUCCAAGCCUGCGCAAGGGGCUGGCUGGUCCGGAAAGAGAAUCGAAUGCAACGACUUAUGAAAAUUGCUUAUACUUUGCACAUUCAUCUCUGUGCUAUAAAAAUUCAGAGAAGAUUCAAAGCUCACCUUGCCCUUAAACGUGCAGAAAAACACGUUAGCAAUAUCAUCUUUAUACAGAUGUGGUAUCGCGCUAAACUGCAACGCAGAUAUUAUCUCCAUUAUCGCCAGAAGAUAGUCACUCUGCAGCGUGCAAUUCGUGCUUGGUUACAACUUCGAAACAAUGCGGCCUGUAAGAUCCAGAGAAGCAUGCGAGAUUACCUGCAACGCAGACGGCAAGCCAGAGCAGUCAGUGGAAUUGUCAAAUUUCAGGCUCUGUGGAGGGGAUACAUUUGUAGGAAGGCUCGGGACACAAAGGCAGUAAGAGUUUUACGGAAGCGUUUGCAAAGAGUCAGCCAGGAUGUUAAAGAGGAGGAUAAACUCUGCAACCGGACAGUGGUCGCACUUGACUAUCUCUUGUCAUCCAAACACCUUUCGUUCAUCCUUGCAGCUCUACAGCAUCUCGAAGUUGCCACCAGGCUGUCGGCUGUGUGCUGUGAGAAUAUGGCUCAGAGCGGUGCCGUGAAAACCAUAUUUGUCCUGAUACGCAGCUGUAAUCGAAGCAUUCCCUGUAUGGAGGUGAUCAAACUAUCUGUCAUGGUCCUACUCAACCUGUCCAAGUAUGAGAGAACUGUGCAAGCUGUAUAUGAAGUUGAGAACUCUGUGGAUAUCCUGCUGGAUCUGAUGCAGAUAUUCCGAGAGAAAGCUGGGGACAAAGUAUCAGACAAAGGAGGCAGCAUUUUCACCAAGACCUGCUGCCUGAUGGCCAUUUUUGCACUUCAUUCUCAAAGGGCUAAGGAAAUUCGUGCUAUUCCAAAAGCUAUGGACCGAUUAUGCAGCAUUUACAGGUUGACCUCUCGUAAGCACAAGAUGGAUGCACAGCGAAGUAUAUGUAGGCAGCGCAUGUCCACUGAUGCUAGUCUGUCUAUUCAAGCCACACCAGUGCGCACCAGAGUUGUGUCAAGAAUAAAGCCUGACUGGGUCCUGAGGAAAGACAACAUGAGAGAAAUAGUAGAUCCCCUCAAAGCAAUCCGGUUGGUGAUGAAUACCCUUGGUAUACCCAGCUGAUCCUGAUAUGGCUCGAAUACUAAAGAAUCCAUAAUGGACUUUGUUUUAAUACCCAAUGCUACUUGUUUAAAGAAUAUUCUAAGUUUUUACAAUAAUGUUUUGUUUUUAAUUAACAAGAAUAUUGUGAAUGAAAGAUGGAAUCAUCUCAGAAUUGUACUAUUUGUAUUUAACCACAGAAGCCCUUUUUUCUUUGUAAAGAUUUUGCCAGCAGACUGUCAGUGUGUAAAUACUCCAAAUGUAAAUAGUCCUGUAAAGAUGAAGCUGAGUCUGCUGACAUUGUACAAUAAAGUACAACGCUUGGAA